AUGGGGAUCCGAGCCAGCCAGUCAAAAAGCACAAGGUAUUCCCCACACGAGCUCAUGACUGGUAGGGUUAUGCGGAUCCCCACCCAUGUGCUAGCCCCAGUGCUCAUGGAGGGUCAGCUCAGAGAAGUGAACCAGGACAGCUUCGUCAGGAAUUUGUUUGAACACCUUAAACAGGUUCACUGGCAGGCUGCUAGCAACAUGGGAAAACAGCAUCGGAGUAACCGACUGCUGCUAGAAUCCCGUAUGCACCACGAGUGGGAGAUAGGGGAUCAGGUUAGGAAUUUUGCUCAGGUAGGCAGUCUAGAACCAUUAUACAUGGGGCCUUACAGCAUUGGAGAUAAGGCAAGUCCCAUGGUAUACACCAUAAAGCUGCCUCGACGCACCAAAUGGUUCCACAUUAACCAAUGCACGGUGACAGCGGAUCGUGUUCCUGACAUCAUCACACCAGAUUGUAAUAAUAUGACUACAGAUUGGAACGACCCACAUGUCUGUGACUUCCUGGAGACCCACUACCUGGAUGAACAGGUCAAAUAUAUCAAGCUAUUAGAAAGCCAUGUAAACAGCCUGCGGAGAUUGGCCAUUCCUGAAAACGGAAUGGCUGAGUACUUAUUGGACAAGCACACCUUGGAUAAAGACAGCAGCUGA